AUGAAGUCUGUGGCAACGUAUGCUCGCGAAUCUUAUACAACUUUGUAUGCAAAGGUAUUGCAGAUGUUUGUAUUGAUCAGAGCUGGUAUGUACAAUCCUGACCUACCUGCUUUGGACCGGGUAUUGCGUAUUGCAUCAUGUGCUGGACCUGCUCAUCCCGUUCUGCAACAACCUGACCCUGGGCAAGCGGUGGCAAACUCAGAUUCGGAGUCAAGUGUUGCUUCGGAUGCAGGCAAUGGCUCUCCCGAAGAUGCAAGACUUCCGGGCAUAGAUGCAUUCCCGGACUUUCCACAGACCCCUGUUGCGGCCAUGGUUGUGCGCAACUUGUCGGGACUGGUUCAUGUUGUGAACGAGGACGAUCAUUUCAUUUGCGGACGUAGGUUGACGGGAAACUUCAAAUGUUUGAAAGACUGCCCUGUCGACAUCGGGCUGCUUGAAGGUUGCUCGCAGUGCAAGAGAGUGUAUCAACGAGAGAUGUGA